AUGCUGUUCUCCAAGAGUGCCGUGGCUCUCCUCGCCUUCGUCCCAGCCAUCGCCGCAUCGCCACUGCAUCUCCGAGCUGAGAACUCGACGAAGCCCGUCGUCGCACUCGACUAUGUCACCCUCCAGGGCGCCACGUCCUCGACCUACUACCUCACCUACUACCGCCGCAUCCCUUUCGGCGCGUCGACAGCAGGCCCAAACCGCUUCCGCGCCCCCCAGCCCCCAGUCCCCAUCACCAAUGGCACCUACGACACCGAUCGAGGGUUCGACAUGUGCCCGCAGCGCACUGUGAACGGCUCCGAGGACUGUCUGUACUUGGGCGUGUACUCGCGCCCGUGGCAGCCAACUCGGAAAUUACGGCCAGUGCUCCUCACCUUCUACGGUGGAGGCUUCAUCCGUGGCAGCGCCGAGUUCAGCAUCCCCCCGUCUGGCUAUCCCGUCUUGAAUGUGAGCGAGAGCAACGACUAUGUCGUCGUGUACUCCAACUACCGCACCAACGUCUUCGGCUUUCUGCCGGGCAAGAAAGUCGCGCAGAGCAAAGAGGUGGACCUCAACACGGGGCUGCUGGACCAGCAGGCUGCGCUGCAGUGGAUCCAGAAGUACAUCCACCACUUUGGCGGUUCCAAGGACGACGUCACCAUCUGGGGCCAGAGCGCUGGUGGUGGGAGCGUGGUCGCCCAGACGAUCGCUACUGGCAACAGAGGGAAGAAGCUGUUCCACAAGGCGAUGAGCAGCUCCCCGUUCUGGCCCAAGACGUACCGCUACGACAGCCCGGAGAAUGAGGCGCUCUACCAGCAGGUCGUCACAGACGUAGGCUGCGCCAACAGCACCGACGAGAUUGCGUGCCUCAAGACGGCAGACCUGCAGGCUCUGCGCGACAGCGCUUUCCGGCUCAGCACCAGCCUGCAGUACACAACCUCGUCGUUCACAUUCGGCCCCAUCAUCGACGACUCGUUCCUCACCUCCCCCUUGAGCGAGGUUGUACGCAAGGGCAGGCUGAACGCGCCCACAGUCUUGACCAGCUACAACCUGCACGAAGGCGAGAACUUCGUCCCCCCAGGCUUCCAAAACGCAAAGACAGCAAGCGACGGCUUCAACUCGUCUACUGCCUCCUUCGACGCCUGGCUAACCGGCUUCCUGCCGGGGCUGCGCGAGAAGGACGUCCUCCAAGCAAAAACCCUAUACCCCACCUCCGGCACCGCUGAGGAAAUCCAGUGGAACACAACCUACAUCCGCGCAGGGCUGCUGUACCGCGACCUCGUACUAGCCUGCCCGGCGUACUGGCUCAGCACCAAAGCCGCCAACGGAUGGCUGAUCGAAUACACAAUCUCGCCCGCCAAGCACGCCAGCGACACCAUCUACUGGAACCAGCUCAACCCUGUGCAGACCUCCGACUCCCUCACGUACAGAGGCUACACGGGCGCCCUGGCCAGCUUCGUCCAGACGGGCGACCCUAACACGCACAAACUCACCAACGCGAGCGUCCCGUCGGUCCCUGCAGUACGCACGGGCUCGCAGUUUGUGGUCGCUGCGGACGGGUUGGGGCAGGGUAGGAUCGCGCGGCUGCAGGAAAGGUGUGCGUUCUGGCUGGAUGUGGGGAGGCGGGUGCCGAUUUAA